UAACCUGUCUUGAAAUUUUCUUCUACUUAUGGAUACUUUGGCAUAGUAUAAGAUAAGCCAGGAUAUGUGUUGCGUAUAAAACUAAAACAAAAAUUCACUCGAGGGGUGGUUUCAAAAGACUUGACAAGAACCUUAAAAGUAAAACCAAUGCAUUUAAAGUUGGAAGUGUCCAUGCAGGCUUACGGAUCUGUACCUCUAGAAUCUGUACCUUCAUAUACUAUAUCAGAAACUGUUUCACAGCACAUCAGAGGCUAUUAAAGUUACCAUGCACAUUGUAUCAAACAUAUCUCGAAGCAGAAAUUACCUAACAGAGAUACUGUGCAUUUCAUCUGAAUAGAAAAGGGCCUUAUGAAAUUCUAUGAUUUUAUCUUCUCCAGGACUACAAAAUUCAUCCCAGUGUCAUAUAAGAUUUGAGGACAUUGCAAGAACAUGUGGUGGAACGAAAGCAUACGAUGGCAUUCCCUUAAUAGUCUUAAGUCCAGAGGUGUACAAUUGCCACUCGGGGCAUGUGAGGAAGAAAAAGAAAGGAAACUGUCAAGUAUGUAUGAGAGAUCAAACCCAGACUGGGCACCGACUUUGAAACUUGGUGACAUUCUCACUCCAAGAAAAUCCGAAAAGAAACUUCGAAAGUUGGAAACUGCAGAAAAGAGGUUCAACAGAGUGCAGGAGAGACAGAAAACUAAAGAGAAGCAUCACAUUGCUAGAGCACUACUAGCUCUGUACGAUCAGCCUCCAGAACCAGAGUUCAUUGCCACACCUUUAGUUGUGAAACCGUCUUGUUCAUUUUUGCUAAUGGGUAAAACAGAAAAACUUGAAAGUCCACCAUCUAAGAUUGACCCAUUGUCGGAUAGCCAAGUUGAAAGUGAAUAUCAAAGAAUGUUGACUGAGAACGUUGUGUUGCAAACACAAAUUAUUGACACAGUGCCCUCACAAGCAUCGCUGGAAAAAAACCCAAAGAAAAAGUGAAGUACUACACAGGGUUACCGGACUAUUUAACUCUAAUGACAAUAUUUAACUUCACUGCCCCAUUCAUUCCAAAACCAAGACUUGUAGAACUUAGUGCAUUUAAAAGAGUGCUUAUGACUUUAAUGAAAUUGAAAUUGAAUUUACCAGUUCAAGACUUAGUCUAUCGUUUUCAAACUUCUGCAUCAACAGUGUCUAGAACAUUUAUUAUAAUUGUUCAUGUGAUGUAUGUGAGACUCAAGCAUUUAAUAUACUGGCCAGAAAGAGAAGAACUGCAACUCACAAUGCCACUGGAAUUUAGACAACAUUUUGCAAAAAAAAACUGCGGUUAUUAUUGAUUGUUUUGACGUGUUCAUUCAGCGACCCAAAAAUUUGUUGGCGCAUGCUCAAACUUGGUCUUCAUACAAACACAGUAACACUGUCAAAUUUCUGAUUGGGAUUACACCUCAAGGUUCUAUCUCAUAUCUGUCUCAAGCCUGGGGUGGCAGAGCCAGUGACAAACAUAUAACAGAGCAUUGUGGAAUUUUGAAUAAAUUACUUCCGGGGGAUUUAGUUCUAGCUGAUCACAGUUUUGACAUAGCAGACAAGUGUUGGUAUGUACUGUGCGCAGGUCAAUAUUCCUUCUUUCAUUAAAGGUCGUUCACAGCUUUCAUUGACAGAUGUUGAAACUACACGUAACAUUGCACAUGUAAGAAUUCAGGUUGAAUGUGUAAUUGGACUCGUUUGGAAUAAAUCGGCAAGUAGCGUGACAUCUCGUGUCAGUUUUGUUGUUCACUGUUUGAUCUUGGUUGGAGAUAAUAUUCUAUCUUUAAUUAGUAUCAUAAUGUCUAUGAGUUUUUAUACAUGUAUUUCUUUCAUCAAAAUAAUAUUAAAUUUAUAUGAAAUUAAAAUUGUUUAAGAAAAAAAAAAAACAACAAACACUCGAUCUUUUACUGAAUGUAACGGCAAUGUUAGAUUUUAGCGUAGACAGCGCGGAGAGUUGUUUCCCUUUACCAAGAUGGCGAAAAUCGUAAAUAAACCCAUUUGAAGUUGGAAAAUCGUCUAUACCCAUGAAUACUAUGCACUUACGAUUUGGGGGGUGGUCCUGGGGGUCAUAAAUCUGCACAUUUUACACGAGUAUCAAUGGUAUGUUCAGUAAUAUGACGAAUGUAUAAUGACAUUCAUUGAAAAUGCACUAGAAGAAACUUGCAAUGAAUUAGAAUGAAAAAAAAACAACAAAAAAACAUUAUUCCUGUUUGUUUAUAUAACAUGCUUAUU